AUGUCUCCUACUAUCGCACACCUGCCGGCUGAAGAGGAUGAAGACUGGAAAUUCUACUAUGUAAACAUGUUUGUUGACUGGGAUAUGUUCAUGCAUUUCUUGGGCGGCGGCAUCGGCCACAGGGGUACGGUAAAUUCUGAACAUUACCAACCCCCAGAUUUGAACGAUGGAUCAGAUGAUGACGACGAGGAUGAGGAUGAAGAGGGAGAACAGGAGGAUGAUGCGAGAGACCAGGAGGGCAAUGAGGGAGAUCGGGAGGGUGAUGAGGGAGACCAGGAGGGAGACGACUAUGAGGAUGAUGAAGAUGAGGUGGCAGGCAGUGAUGGUGAGGACGAUGCCGAUGAAGACCAUGAAGAGAAUCUUGGACCCGAAGAUGGCGAGGAAGGAGCUGUUGAGGAUGAGUAUGGACAGGAUGGGUUCGCGCCGCUUUGA